AAACGCGAACCGAGGCUUUUCCUUGUAGUGUCGCCGGGACCGUUCGCGAGGCGGAGCUCCGGGCAUUAUAUUUUUCAAUUCGUUGGUCCUGCGAGCUAGAAGAUCAGCUCGCGGGCCAGUCAUCAUGUCGCGUUACGGGCGGUACGGAGGAGAAACCAAGGUGUAUGUUGGUAACCUGGGAACUGGUGCUGGCAAAGGAGAGUUAGAAAGGGCAUUCAGUUAUUAUGGUCCCUUAAGAACUGUAUGGAUUGCAAGAAAUCCUCCAGGAUUUGCGUUUGUGGAAUUUGAAGAUCCUAGAGAUGCAGAAGAUGCUGUGCGAGGCCUGGAUGGGAAGGUGAUCUGUGGUUCCCGUGUAAGGGUUGAACUAUCAACAGGCAUGCCUCGGAGAUCUCGUUUUGAUAGACCACCUGCCCGACGUCCCUUUGAUCCCAAUGAUAGAUGCUAUGAGUGUGGCGAAAAGGGACAUUAUGCUUAUGAUUGUCAUCGCUAUAGCCGGCGAAGAAGAAGCAGGUCACGGUCUAGAUCACAUUCAAGAUCCAGAGGUAGGCGAUACUCUCGUUCACGCAGCAGGAGCAGGGGAAGGAGGUCAAGAUCAGCAUCUCCUCGACGAUCAAGGUCUGUGUCUCUUCGUAGAUCAAGAUCAGCUUCGCUCAGACGAUCUAGGUCUGGUUCUAUAAAAGGAUCGAGGUAUUUCCAAUCCCGGUCAAGGUCAAGAUCAAGAUCCAGGUCUAUUUCCCGACCAAGAAGCAGCCGAUCAAAGUCCAGAUCUCCAUCUCCAAAAAGAAGGGUUUCCUAAAUGAUUUCUGGCACCUAGAAUAUUACAACCCUGCGUCGAGCAAUUAAUUUAAUCAAACUGGUAGAAGGGUUGCACUCAGCUUCAUUUCACCUCUGAAGCCCCUUGGCUAAUGUAUAUAUUGGUAACUUUAGAGUGGAGAAACCUGGCAAACAGCCUUACUCAGGUCAACAAAGGUAACCUCAACAGUGAGAGGACACACCGAGAAAGUGCAUCACCUGAGGGGCUGCAGUGUGAAGAGCACAGCAUCAUUUCAGUGAUACUCCUGCUAAAAAUGUAUGGCACGAACCUGAUCAGGAGGAAACACCAGACAUAUCCCAAUGGAGGGACAUUGUGUAAAAUAACUUCCCUGCAAUCCUCAAAAAUAUUAAGGUCAUAAAGGUCAAGAGAGGAAUGAGGAAUUAUGUUGGAUUGAAGGAAACUGAAGAAACUAAGUUCAAUUUGUGCUCCUGGUUUGGACCCUUUUGCUAGGACAUUACUGAGCCAGGUGAAAUUUAAUGGGAUCUCUGAGUGAAAGGUAUACGGGAAUUUUUUGUACUGCUCUUGCAACUUUUCUAUGAGUUUGAAAUCAUUUAAACAAACCAAAAAAACCCUCCCAACCCCCAUUUUGCUGACUUAGUUUUUUAACUGCAAAAGGAAGAUACUGUCUUUGGCAAUUUAAACAAUAUCAAUAAAGUAAAAAGUCCUCACUCCCCCUCCAGAUUCUAUUUCUCAGAGGAAACCAUUGUUAAUAAUUUGAUCUACCCUUAUAAACUUUACAAAUAUACAUACAUUUUUGUUUUGUUUUACAAACACAGAAUACUGUAUGGAUUCUUUGAUCCCAUCCUUUUGAAUGGCUGUGUAGUAUUCCAUCGUGUGGAUGAUCAUUUCUCCAUUCCCGUGUUCAUGGUAUUAGAUUGUGUUCAAUUUUUUGUUAUUACCAGCUUUACCAGUUAGAUUGCAAUCAACACCCUUGUCCGAAUGUUUGUCUUCACACAUUUGUCCUAGUAUUUCAACUGAACAUAUUUCCAGAAGUGGAAUUGCUAGAUCAUGAGUUUUAAAAGUUUGCCAAUAGAUUGUGUAAAAUUUCCCUCCGAAAAAGCUGUAUUAAUCUAAUUGCUAUGAAUGGUGACUGAGUAAAAAUUCUGCAUUUACCAA